AUGUCCGCUUUGGAACACCUUCGGAAGCAAUAUACGGCCGCGCAACUCGGCACAAAAGGAACUAAGGGACAACUCGCCACGAAAUGCAAGGAGAGUUCACCGGAAGGUAAAGAUUCCCCCAAGUGCGAUCCAAGAUUAGCUACCGAAGCCGAGAUCGGUUCCUCUGAGGGAGGGAAGACGGAAGCCAAAGUGGCGGACAGGCCCUUGAGGGAGGGCAGCAAGUUGAGAGGGGUACGGGGAGAGAUCAUUGUCGGGAAUCGCCGGGGCCUUGAUUUGGCCGGUUUGAAGGACGAGAACGUUUCUCAAAAUCACAAGCUGGCGGCUUUGGAGGAUGGGCAUGGCCAGCUGAACGAUCGUGUGUCGACAGUGACCCUCUCUCUUGGGGAGUAUAGACCAGGGUGGUAAAGGUUUAUGAGUACCGAUACACAGGAUUGAUGCUACGCUGCCACGCAGCGGGACCACGAGAUUAUAGACGAGGGUAAUAUAGCAGCGCAUGGAGGAGUUUGAGCUGCGGACGCCCGGCUCUACGAGGGAGUAGGGGGGGAGAAAUAAUGCUAAGGUCUACCUCGGAUUUUGCGCAUUGAUCCCUUCGCAUGUCCAGAGGCUCGGUGAGUAAGCUGCGGUAUGUCAUUCGCAACUUAAGCAUCAAGGCUGACUUUUACAGCAGAUAAGGGAACGCUAGAGAUCCGCAGAAUUGACGUCUGGGUGCUGGCUGAUAGCCGAGUACAACAGGUUGACAAAUAGGCGUGUUAUGAUUGCGGUUAUUGUAUAUUUGGAUCUGAAGACGGCUUGGGGGUCAAAGGUGGGCACUGGAAGAGGUGAGUUCUGUUUGGUUAGUGGAGUGGGGUGGGAUGGAGUUGAGGAGAGGAGAGGAGAGUCUGAUGAUGGAUACGGGGGAGUAUGUUUUUCGAAUGUUGCAAACGCUUUCUGGUUUGUAAUGCGUUGGGUGGGUUUCGUGCUGAAAAGAGGACGGUGGGGGGUGAUUACCUGUAAGAGGGUUGUCGAGGAGGUUAGGAGUAUUGGCAUUUGGUAGGUGCCGGCUCAGGAGCAGGAGGGGCUGUUGUUUGAGUAA